ACAAAGGCCAAAACUUUGUGAGAUAGGCAAUGCCUCACAAUCCAAACCAGAUAAGAUUACACUACACAUAUCUCUCAAAAUUCUUUUUUUUAAAAUUUUAUGAAAAUCUCUCCAAAUUUUUUUGAAACUCAAAGCUAAAACAUCGCCUUUCAUGGCACUUUCCGGUUCCCCGGACUGGACUCCGGCGUGGGUCGCCGCCGGCAAAACCACGAAGAACAGAGGAAUCAGCCGAAAAAUAAACCUUUUUCUUCCCCUCCUCAGCUCCCCCAGAGAUCUCAGCCCCUUUGCAACCACAACCAUUUCUUGCUCAAGCUCAAACCCAGUUCUUGAUAACAACACCAGUUCCCAGCCCACAGUAUCAGAUCAGAACUCCAUGAUCUGCAGAUUGAUGAAGAAUCCCCAGACUGCAGAAAGUGGAUUUGAGUGCUAUGAGAAAGCCAAGAAGAACCCAGGGUUUGUACCUCAAGAAUCCACCCUCACUCUGCUAGCCAGGUACUUUAUUGGAAUGAAAAAUUGGAGCUCAAUUUCUUCACUGGCUGGAGAUUUCAGGGCAUUCAAUGUGCUGCCUGAUAGUCCCACAUUCUGUUCAAUGAUUAGUAGCUGUGUUAAAGCUAGGAAGUUCAAAACUGUGAAUUGUUUGCUUGAAACUGUGAUUUUUGAUCAAGAAACUGCUUCGCGAGCCUUUGAAUUCGCCAUGAAAGGUUAUAAUAAGCUGCACAUGUAUACUACAACUGCUGAUUUGUUCCAAAGGAUGAAAAGUGAUGGUCUUGUUGUUCUUGAGCCCGGGUGUUACUGCGCCGUCAUGGAGGCGUACCUGAAAAUGGGCCAGCACGAGAAGGUUGUUUCGAUCUUCGAAGAAUUCGAAGAACGAGAGGCCGGGCCCUCGCAAUGUGAUGCAAAGAUUUAUCUGCUUUUAUGCGACUCUCUGGGUAAAAUGGGACGACCUUUCGAUUCCCUGAACUAUUUCAGGGAAUCGACAAGGAAGGGGGUCCCUGAGGACCCCAUGUUUUACUCCUCCUUGAUAAGGGCAUUUGCCGUAGCUGGAGAGGUGAAGAUGGCCGAGGAGCUUGUGGGAGAGGCGGAGAGCAAGAGACUCCUGAGGCCGGACGAGUCUCUCUACAUGAGACUCGUCCAGAUGUACGUCUCCGAGGGAAUGCUGGAAAACUCCCUCGGCGUCGUGUCAUUGAUGAGACGCGUAAAAGCCCGCGUCUCCGACUGCAUAUCAUGCACAAUCGUCAACGCUUUCUCAAGACAACGCGGGCCGCGUGAAGCGGCGGAGGUCUACGAAGAGCUUCUGUCGCUCGGCUGCGAGCCCGGCCAGGUGACGUACGCGUCGGUGCUAAACAUAUACAACCGAAUCGGAGCGCAUUCCAAGGCGGAAGCCACGUUCGCGGAGAUGGAGCAAAAGGGGUUCAACAACUGCGUCGUGGCGUACGCCACGAUGAUCAACAUGUACGGCAAAACCAGAAGACACCGCGACGCGAUGAAGGUCUUAGCCAGGAUGAAGAAGAGAGGCUGCGAACCCAACGUCUGGGUUUACAACUCCCUCUUGGACAUCCAUGGGAAAGCUUUGGACCUGAGGCAGAUGGAGAAGAUAUGGAAAGAGAUGAAGAGGAGGGGAGUUUCGCCCGACCGAGUUAGCUACACCAGCGUCAUAAGCGCCUAUAGCAAGGCGAAGGAAUACGAUAAAUGCGUCGAGUACUAUCACAACUUCAAGACUAAGGCUGGAAACCGCCGCGACGGCGGCAAGAUUGACCAGGCAUUGGGUGGGAUAAUGGUCGGCGUUUUCUCCAAGACAAACGAACUCGAAGAGUUGGUCAAGUUGUUGCAGGAGAUGAAGGGGGACGAGAUUGAGUUGGACGAGAGGCUUUACGUGUCGGCUCUAAACACUUUCCGAGAUUCCGGGCUGGUGACCCGGGUGAAAUGGUUGCAAGAUAACUUUAGCUGCGACACGGUAAGAACCAAACCUCUCAAUGCUUAGCAAAUCGUGUCCGAAUGCGUCCAGUUUUGACGUUUUGCAAUCAAUGUUUACGAACUGUGUAACCAUUUUCUUGCUUGAAAAUUACAUUGAAUCACAAAUGUAAGUAUAGUUCCAUAAGAUUUGUAAACAUUACAUUAUUGAAUCACAAUUACUGCACACUUUUUUUGUUUUCUACAAAUUGAGUGUAUGAACCAAUGAAUAUAAUCAAGAAGCUAAGUAAAAAGAAUGAUGAUAU